AUGCCUGUACGUGCCAAGGGCUCGGAUCAGCACCUCGGCUCACUGUUCUUCGCUCCCCCUUUGCUGACCGGCAGCUUGAUAUCGCUCAACACGCCCAACUGGCAGCCCCGGCACUCCCGGGAUACGUGUCCGCACCCACCGGAGCGCGGGACACGGCCUCUCCCUCCCCGCACGGAAGUUGUGGGAGGGCGCUGGAAGACUGUCUGGGGUUCUCUAGGCACAUUCAAGUCUGACGACGGGGACUAUUUUGUAGAGCCGCUGCUAUCGCUGGAAGAACAGGAGUAUGAAGAAGAGCACAAUAAACCACAUCUAGUCUACCGACACCGGACGCCUCCAACCAACUCUUCAGGGGAUGGGCAGACUUGCGAUACUCCAGAUCAUGAACACAGUCACAAAAAGAACAAGCGGAAACACUGGAGAAGACACUGGGCAGAAAGCAGCAUAUUGUCUGACAUGGAGAUGUUGAAACACAGCCUGGAAGUGAAUUCACUUUCUGCAGAUAGCAACAAGACUGGGAACCUCAGUGAAAAGAAGAGCCACAGACGAACAAAGCGGUUUCUCUCCUACCCUCGGUUUGUGGAAGUGAUGGUGGUGGCUGACAGCAGGAUGGUCGCCUACCAUGGUGCUAAUCUACAGCACUAUGUCUUAACGUUAAUGUCAAUAGUGGCUUCUAUCUACAAAGACCCAAGCAUUGGAAAUUUAAUUAACAUUGUUAUUGUGAAAUUGGUCGUGAUACAUAAUGAACAGGAUGGUCCUGCAAUAUCUUACAAUGCCCAGACAACAUUAAAAAACUUUUGCCAAUGGCAGCAAUCCCAGAACCACCCCGAAGGAAGUCACCUUCAACACGAUACAGCCGUGCUUGUUACCAGACAGGAUAUUUGUAGAGCGCACGACAAAUGUGAUACUCUGGGUCUGGCAGAGCUGGGCACAGUCUGUGACCCAUACAGGAGCUGCUCAAUUAGUGAAGAUAACGGACUGAGCACUGCUUUCACAAUAGCACAUGAACUUGGCCAUGUGUUUAACAUGCCACACGAUGAUAAUCACAAGUGCAAAGAAGAAGGAGGUAAAAAUCAACAGCAUGUCAUGGCGCCAACACUGAACUUCUACACCAAUCCCUGGAUGUGGUCAAAAUGCAGUAGGAAAUACAUCACUGAAUUUCUGGACACUGGUUACGGGGAGUGUUUGCUUGAUGAACCUUCAUCGAGAACUUACACGUUGCCUCAGCAGCUCCCAGGGCUGAUUUAUGAUGUCAACAAACAAUGUGAGUUAAUUUUUGGACCUGGAUCUCAAGUGUGCCCAUAUAUGAUGCAGUGUCGGCGACUGUGGUGUAUCAACAUUGAUGGCGCACACAAGGGAUGUCGUACCCAGCACACACCUUGGGCUGAUGGGACAGAAUGUGAGCCUGGAAAGCACUGCCGGUUUGGGAUGUGCGUGCCCAAAGAGCGAGAGGCGCCGGUGACGGACGGCGCGUGGGGGACGUGGAGCCCUUUCGGGACCUGCUCGAGAACCUGCGGCGGCGGCAUAAAGACGGCGAUACGGGAGUGCAACCGGCCCGAGCCUAAAAACGGUGGGAAAUACUGCGUGGGUCGUCGCAUGAAGUUUAAAUCCUGCAACACCGAACCGUGCUCAAAGCUGAAGAAGGAUUUCCGGGACGAGCAGUGCGCCGACUUCGACGGGAAGCACUUCAACAUCAACGGGCUGCCCACGAAUGUGCGCUGGGUGCCCAAAUACAGCGGCAUCCUGAUGAAGGAUCGGUGCAAGCUGUUCUGCCGAGUGGCGGGGAAUACGGCGUAUUACCAGCUGCGGGAUCGCGUGAUCGACGGGACGCCCUGCGGCCCCGACACCAAUGACAUCUGCGUGCAGGGCCUUUGCCGGCAAGCUGGAUGCGAUCAUGUGCUGAAUUCAAAAGCAAGAAGAGAUAAAUGUGGUGUUUGUGGUGGGGAUAAUUCUUCGUGCAGAACUGUUGCGGGCACAUUUAACACGGUGCAUUAUGGCUAUAACGUUGUGGUCCGCAUCCCAGCUGGUGCAACAAAUAUUGACGUGCGCCAGCACAGUUACUCAGGGAAACCAGAGGAUGACAACUACCUGGCCUUAUCUAACAGUCAAGGAGACUUUAUAUUAAAUGGAGACUUUGUCGUCAGUAUGUUUAAAAGGGAAAUCAAAGUUGGGAAUGCUGUGAUCGAGUACAGCGGAUCGGAUAAUACUAUUGAAAGGAUUAAUUCUACAGAUCGGAUUGAGCAAGAAAUAACACUUCAGGUUUUAUCAGUGGGCAAUUUGUACAAUCCUGACGUUCGUUACACGUUUAAUAUCCCCAUUGAGGACAAACCUCAGCAGUUUUACUGGAAUGCAUAUGGCCCGUGGCAGCCCUGCAGCAAGCUCUGCCAAGGAGAACGAAAAAGGAAACCCGUGUGUACGAGAGAGUCGGAUCAGCUCACGGUGUCAGACCAAAGAUGUGACAGAAUUCCCCAGCCUGACCCCAUCACUGAGCCUUGUAGCACAGAAUGUGAAUUAAGGUGGCAUGUCGCGAGGAAGAGCGAGUGCACGGCGCAGUGCGGAGUGGGGUACCGCACCCUGGAGAUCUUCUGCUCCAAGUACAGCAGGCUGGAGGCGAAGAUAGAGAAGGUGGACGACCGCUUCUGCAGCAGCCAGCCCAAGCCGAGCACGAGGGAGAAGUGCACUGGAGAAUGUAACGUGGGAGGGUGGCGGUACUCGGCCUGGACCGAGUGCUCCAAGAGCUGCGGCGGCGGCACGCGGCGGCGGCGAGCCAUGUGCGUGAACACCUACAACGACGUCCUGGAUGACAGCAAGUGCAGUCAGCAGGAGAAGCUGACGGUGCAGCGGUGCAGCGACUUCUUGUGCCCCCAGUGGAAAACCGGCGACUGGUCCGAGUGCCUGGUCACCUGUGGGAAAGGGCACAAACACCGCCAGACCUGGUGCCAGUUUGGAGAAGAUCGAUUAAACGACAGGUUUUGCGAUCCCGAAACGAAGCCGGAGUCGGUGCAGGCGUGCCAGCAGCAGGAGUGUGCUUCGUGGCAAGUGGGGCCGUGGGCCCAGUGCACGAUGACCUGUGGCCAAGGCUACCAGAUGAGAGCGGUGAAGUGUGUCGUGGGCACCUAUGUGUCAGUGGUGGAUGAUAACGAGUGUAAUGCUGCAACCAGGCCGACAGAUACUCAGGACUGUGAAAUAGCAGCAUGUCCUCCCCAUCCAAAUAGUCCUGAAGCCAAGAGAUCCGUAUCAGGCGUUCACAGGACGCAGUGGAGAUUUGGAUCCUGGACACCGUGCUCCGCAACCUGCGGGAAGGGUACCCGGAUGAGGUACGUCAGCUGCCGGGAUGACCAGGGCUCGGUGGCCGACGAGUCAGCUUGUUUCCACCUCCCGAAGCCAUCAGCCACGGAAAUGUGCACCGUGACGCCGUGCGGGCAGUGGAAGGCCUUGGAGUGGAGCUCCUGCUCGGUGACUUGCGGUCAAGGUAAGGCAACGCGACAAGUGAUCUGCAUCAAUUACAGUGACCAGCUGGUGGACAGGAGUGAGUGCGAUCCAGAUGACCUCCCUGCCACCGAGCAAGACUGCUCCAUGUCUCCUUGUCAUCCAAACAGCCAUGACUACGGCAGGCCCAUCCACCCUUUCCUCUAUCCGGAUCAUCGCCUGAAACUGCACCCCGGAGGCAGCCCGAACCGAAACCGUGCACAUAUACCGGGAGGCAAUCAGUGGAGGAUUGGCCCCUGGGGUGCUUGCUCUAGCACGUGUGCGGGGGGGUUCCAGCGGCGGGUCGUGGUGUGCCAGGAUGAAAAUGGAUACACCGCAAAUAACUGCGAUGAGAAAAGCAAGCCCAUGGAGCAGAGAUCGUGCGAAUCUGGCCCCUGCCCUCAGUGGGCUUAUGGCAACUGGGGAGAGUGCACGAAGCCAUGCGGGGCAGGGACAAGAACACGGCUGGUGGUGUGCCAACGCCCGAAUGGAGAAAGGUUUACGGAUCUGAGCUGUGAAAUCCUUGACAAGCCACCAGACAGAGAGCAGUGCAAUGUGCAGGACUGUCCUAGAGAUGCUGCCUGGAGCGCUGGUCCUUGGAGCUCGUGUUCUGUCUCCUGUGGAAGGGGCCAAAAGCACCGCAAUGUGUACUGUUUGUCAAAGGAAGGGAGGCAUGUAGAAGAAGAUUAUUGCAAGCACCUUGCUAAGCCCAAUGUGCAAAAGAAAUGCAGAGGGGGCAGAUGUCCGAAGUGGAAAGCAGGAGAUUGGGGACAGGCGGUGCAGACCAGCGGCUACUGCGACGCCAGCAAACGGCCCCCCGAAAUGGAGAGCUGCGGGCUGCCGCCCUGCGAGUACGUCUGGAUCACCGGGGAGUGGUCGGAGUGCUCCGUCACGUGCGGGAAGGGGUACAGGCAGCGCCUGGUCUCCUGCAGCGAGAUUUACACCGGGAAGGACCACUACGAGUACGGGUACCAGAACACGGUCAACUGUCCUGGCACGCAGCCGCCCAACAUCCAGCCCUGCUACCGCGGGGAGUGCCCCGUCUCAGCAUCCUGGCGCGUCGGCAACUGGGGAAGCUGCUCUGUCACCUGCGGGGCUGGAGUCAUGCACCGCUCGGUGCAGUGUUUGACGAACGAUGACCAGGUCAGCAGCUUGUGCUACGGAGACCUGAAACCCGAAGAGAGGAGGACGUGUCACAAUGUCCACGACUGUGAAUUACCAAGGAGUUGCAAAGACGUUAAAAAUCUCAAAGGUGUCACUGAAGAUGGCGAAUAUUUCCUUCAAGUCAAAGGAAAGAUGUUAAAGGUGUACUGCUCUGGGAUGCAGACUGACAGCCCAAAGGAGUAUGUGACACUUGUAAACGGGGAUGCAGAGAAUUUUUCAGAAGUGUAUGGAUACAGAUUGCAUAACCCGACUGAAUGUCCGUAUAACGGGAGCAGACGAGAAGACUGCCAGUGUAGGAAAGAUUACACAGCAGCUGGGUUUUCCACCUUCAGCAAAGUAAGGCUGGACCUGAACACUAUGCAAAUAAUAACGACCGAUUUACAGUUUGCACGGACACAUGAUGGCCGACCUGUUCCUUAUGCCACUGCUGGGGACUGCUACAGUGCCGCCAAGUGCCCGCAGGGUCGCUUCAGCAUAGACCUUUACGGGACAGGCCUGUCCCUAACGGGAAUGGCAAAGUGGCUCUCGCAAGGGAAUUACGCAGUGUCGGAAAUUCAAAAAUCCCCAGAUGGUACCAAAGUAGUAGGAAAAUGUGGCGGUUACUGUGGGAAAUGUACUCCAUCAUCUGGAACGGGCCUUGAUGUUCAGGUGUUAUAG